AUGCAACUUUCAAAAUACCAACAAUUAGUGCAAAAUGGAAUACUUAACAACAUGGAAUUUUCGGAUCUAUUUAUGUUUUCUUUCGUCUCCGAAAAGAUGAAGAAACUGAUUAAAUCAUCGCCGCAAAUGAAACGUUUCGAAAGUGUCAAUACUAUUAGAUAUGAUCAUCGAAACGGACGAACGAUUGUUUGCAUUCCCUAUCGUUACCGUCAUCACAAAAUACUGAAAAUUUCCGAGGGCGAUGAGAUUAAAAACGAUUGUUUCCAGUUGAAUGUGUCUGGAAAGAUGAUUGAUUUCAGGUAA